AUGGGGCCUCGAGGUGCUCGUCGCUACUCUUUCCUCCUUCCGUGUGUUCUGGCGAUUGCUGAUUUUCACAGUCUAUCGUUGAACGCUCAGAAAGAUGCAGCGCAGGCUUCAUUCUCUCCCUUUUUCAAAGAAGGCUCCGUACAUCGCGAACUUCUCCCGUCCAGCUUGGAGCUGCUCGAGUACGUCAAAAGCCGAAUCCACGCGAGAAAGCAGCCAAGAGACUCCACGCCAAACCGUUUGUUUUCCGCUGAACCGCAAGUCACCCGGACAAGGCGGAGGACGCGUGACAGCUUAAAGGUGCGCGAUCCAGCCAAAGCUUUUUCCCGAGCUUCCUAUUCGUUGAGGGCGCCGACGGGCGUCUCGACACGCGACGCGCGCCUCUCUGCGCGCAAGGAAAUUCAACAAGAAAGGCAUCUCCUCGAUCAAGAGGACAGAAGCAGGCUCAAUGCUGUUACCACAGAGGGCUCGGAUGGUAUUUUCGGCGAGGAACUUCAACAUCUCCACGCGCCUGGACGCCUCGGUGCUGAGGUGGCGUACGGAGAGAAAGCGGUUGAAGGCGUUCACGUGUGCACCGAGGCAGAGACGUGCGUCACUUCGGUGGACGCUCAGAAGGGCGGCAUUUUGAGCCUUCUCCUCGACGGAACUCUGGCGCGUUUCACGCAAGCGGAAAGAGACAAACUGCGGUUCGACGUGACGCUCAUCACAAACGGCCCUUUCGUGUAG